AUGCUGAGAAGGUCGGGCAAGUACUGGAGAAGUGAUGUUGGGCAGCUGGGAGAGAUUGUCACGCCAAUUGGGAAAAAUAAUGUACUCAACCUAACUGUUGUAACUGACAACGAGGAGGCCUAUUUCUCCAUUACAAUCUCUGGCGGUAUGAUCAUGGCAAUGUGCGCUUUGACUCCUACUGGGCUAGUUGAGGCGCAGACAUGGGAGGAAGAUUUCAGGAAGUGGAAUUUGAUUAUUUCAUUUCCGACAAUUGCAUGUGAUCUUUAUGCCCGAUGUGGUUCAUUUGCUAGCUGUGAUCGUAGAAGGACAGUGACUAUCGGUAAGUGUUUGAAAGGAUUCAAGCCCAAAAUUCAGAAAGAUUGGGAUAUGGGGAAAUGGUCUGGAGGUUGUGUGAGGUGGAAGCACUUGGAAUCGAAGAUGGGAGAUGGAUUUAUGAAGCUGGAAAAGAUAAAAUUGCCUGAUUUUUCAAUAUCCUUAGGAAAUGUGAGCAUGAGAGAUUGCCAACGAGAAUGCCACAACAACUGUUCUUGCACAGCUUAUGCUUACAGUAAUCUGAUGGGCCCCGUUCUUUGGAGAUGCUUGAUUUGGAAUGGGGAUUUGAUUGAUCUUGUGGAGGGUUCUGAAAUGGCUCCGGAUACCUACAUACGCCUUGUCAGCUCGGAAUUCGGUGGAAGCAAUCAGAUUAGCGACGUCUCUAGUAAGAGUAACCGUUUGCUUCGGAUUAUACUACCCAUAAUUGCUACUGCCAUGGUUGUUUUGGGAAUGUUUUGCCAUUUUUUAUGGAGCAGACUCAAGAAACAAAGGAGGACAGAUGCAAAUACUGCAGCAUUUGAUCAAAGAGCUAAUUAUUUUGCAACCGAGUUUAGAAGUUAUGAUACACUUCUAAAUGGGGAGUAUAUUCCGGAUCAGUUACCACUAUUCACAUUCGGUAGCAUUGUAGACGCCACAGAAAACUUCUCUUUGGCGAAUAAGCUUGGGGAAGGUGGGUUUGGUCCUGUUUACAAGGGAAAGUUGCCAGGAGGUUUAGAAAUAGUAGUAAAAGCACUUUCGAAGAGUUCUGGGCAAGGCCUGGAGGAGUUCAAGAACGAAGUAGAACUUAUUGCAAACCUCCAACACAAGAAUCUCGUUAAGCUGUUGGGUUGGUGCAUUCAUGCGGAAGAAAAGAUAUUAAUCUAUGAAUACAUGCCCAACAAAAGCUUGGAUAAACUUCUGUUUGAUCCAACCCAAAAAUCACUACUAGAUUGGGGUAAACGCUUCUGCAUUGUUGAAGGUAUUGCUCAAGGGCUUCUUUAUCUUCACAAGUAUUCGAGGUUAAGAAUCAUUCAUCGAGAUCUAAAAGCCAGCAAUAUUCUACUGGAUUGUGAAAUGAACCCCAAAAUAUCAGACUUUGGUUUGGCUAGGAUUUUUGGAGGAAACCAGACUGAAGCGAGUACUAAUAGAAUCAUGGGAACAUAG